GUAUCUUUUCUAUUAGUAUUAUUAGUCAUCUUUUUAGUACAUUUUUUCUUUCCAGUUUCUUUUUUGUGCGCUUCCUGUUCUUUUUGAUUUAUUAUUAAUUUGCUUCGUACAGGAGGGGAUAUAAAACAUAUCACUAUAAAAACACAUUGAUACAACAAUGCCCAAAAACGCAUGUACGGCAGUGCAUGUUGCAGCGCAUUUGGAAUGCCAGGUUUGUUUUGAUACCUGGAGUGAUCCGAUUCAGCUUAACUGCGGGCACAUUUUUUGCAUGCAUUGUGUACCAGCAAGCAUUACUCGUUGUCAUAUUUGUAAUACUAGGAUUCUCGCCAUGCAGCCACCGGGCGAGUAUAUCGUUCAAGAGACGUUGAAGGUGCCGGUGCUCUGUUCUAGUUGCGGUUGGCGUGGAACCCGAAAGAUGGCGAGCGCACAUCGAUGCGAUUCUCGUGAGGUGCACUCCAUGUUUGAGAGCUAUCCGCGACUCAACGACGACGAGUGGUUUAAGCUUGCCACAAACCAGUCGUCGCAACCGCCACGUGUGGCAAUACCGGUGGAAUACCAGGAAACAGUGGCCGGCAUUCAGCUAGGCACCACAGGCCGCCGCAACGCGUGAACAAGUUACUCAAAAUAAUAUUUACUACUCUACUUUCUAUUCCUUUCCAUGUUCUACGCCAAAGUUCUUCCAUUUGCUUAUGUCGACCUUGCGGAAUUAUUUUUAUAUAAUAAAUAUGGAUUUUUUUGUUUCUGGCGUUCUGUUCUUUGCGCAACAGAAGAGAAUGAUGCUUGAAUUUCGCAUUUUUGUUUUGAAUAUUUAUAAAAAAA